GAUUACAACAAAACCUAACGGCGCUCAGUAGGAACUUGGGAACCAAUUGGCUUAUAUCCCCAAGACGUGAUGUAGGCAAGUUGAUCCAAUUUUGGCUUCCCCGAAUAUUUCAUCUUCUAUUAUUAAUUCACAAAAUACUCAGCAACAGAACAGUAACCACAUCUCUCUUUCUUCACUUUCUUAAACCUCUUCUCCACAUCUUUCUAGACACACACCCCAACCCAAACAAAUUAUCCCCUUCAUUUUUUUUCUUCUUUCAAACGUUACACCGCAUAACUUGCUCAUCUAGAACUGAACACCCUUAUCCUCUUCCAAAUCCCGCUGCUACCUUUUCCUUAUAUACUAUAGAAAUCUCUAUCUACUCAUUCCCAUCACACACCAUCUUGUUCCUACCAGUCCCACUGGGUAUUCUUUUUUACUUUGCAUCUUCUUCAUCAUACAUGCAUGAUGAAGAUUUUCAACCCCUCUGAAUGCUUUCUUCGGAACGUGGUAUGUCCAUCCGAUACCAUCUUCCUGAAAAGCAUCAAUCUUUCCCAUCUGGGUGUUUCCCAUCUCUACCUAUUCAGAAUGUCCAUCCUCUCCUGGCCCAAUUAGCAGCUACACUACACCCCAAUACAACACUAUACUUCUUCUCCUAUGGAUCCACAAAACCAACACCCCCCUAACCCGAGAAGCAUUAUCUUCAACAAGUACGAGAUGGGGCGGGUCCUGGGGCAAGGAAACUUCGCCAAAGUCUACCACGCCCGAAACCUCAACACCAACGAGAGCGUCGCCAUCAAAGUCAUCAAGAAAGAGAAGCUCAAGAAAGAGCGACUCGUGAAGCAGAUCAAGCGCGAGGUGUCGGUGAUGAGACUCGUCCGCCAUCCCCACAUCGUUGAACUCAAGGAAGUCAUGGCCACAAAGGGAAAAAUCUUCCUCGUCAUGGAAUACGUUAAAGGCGGUGAACUCUUCGCCAAAGUCAACAAAGGAAAACUCACCGAAGAUCUCGCCAGAAAGUACUUCCAACAACUCAUCAGCGCCGUCGACUUCUGUCACAGCCGCGGCGUCACCCACCGCGACCUCAAGCCGGAGAAUCUCCUCUUAGACCAAAACGAAGACCUCAAAGUCUCCGACUUCGGACUCUCCACGCUGCCGGAGCAGCGCCGCGCCGACGGCAUGCUCGUAACCCCGUGUGGGACCCCUGCUUACGUUGCACCCGAGGUCUUAAAGAAAAAAGGUUACGACGGUUCAAAGGCCGAUUUAUGGUCCUGUGGGGUAAUCCUCUUCGCUUUGCUUUGUGGCUAUUUACCCUUCCAAGGUGAGAACGUUAUGAGAAUUUACCGAAAGGCUUUCAGAGCUGAAUAUGAAUUCCCAGAAUGGAUUUCUCCGCAGGCCAAGAAUCUUAUUUCGAAUCUCCUCGUUGCUGAUCCUGGCAAGAGGUAUUCCAUUCCUGAUAUAAUGAGGGAUCCUUGGUUUCAAGUUGGGUUCAUGAGGCCAAUCGCGUUUUCUAUUAAGGAGUCUUACGUUGAAGACAACAUUGAUUUCGACGAUGUGGAGAACAACCAGGAGGAGGAGGUUACAAUGAGGAAACCUGCCAGGCCGUUUUACAACGCGUUCGAGAUAAUAUCGUCCUUGUCGCACGGCUUUGAUCUUAGGAGUUUGUUUGAGACGAGGAAGCGGUCGCCGUCGAUGUUCAUAUGCAAGUUUUCGGCUUCGGCGGUGUUGGCGAAGGUGGAGGCGGUGGCGAAGAAGCUGAACUUUAGGGUGACGGGGAAGAAGGAGUUUGUGGUGAGGAUGCAGGGGACGGAGGAGGGGAGGAAGGGGAAGCUGGCGAUGACGGUGGAGGUUUUCGAGGUGGCGCCGGAGGUGGCGGUGGCGGAGUUUACUAAGUCUGCCGGAGAUACGUUGGAGUAUGUUAAGUUCUGUGAGGAGCAAGUGAGGCCUUCCCUCAAAGACAUUGUUUGGAGCUGGCAGGGUGAUUGAUACUAAUAAUAACUCCAACAGUAGUUACUAAGUCAUUUCUCAUUUCUGUGUCUUUUUUUUUUAUAGUACUAGUACUUUCUAUGAUCCAUCAUGGUCGUGGUUUAAUUUAGUUUGUCUUUGAUUUGCUUAAUUUGAUUUCAUACAUACUAUGUAAAUUUGGACUGUGGAGUUUGUGACGGUGUUUGAUUUGAAUAUACUACUACACUACAGUAGUAUAUAUAUAUACUAGCAAAAAUAAUCCCGCAAAUCAUGGAAAAGUGAAAACAUUGUUGUUCACUUUACAGCACUA